GAUUAUUGUCCCUUUUCUCAUAGGAUUUUACCAUUGUGCUUUGUCUGUAAUUCUUAUCUCUUUACUCAAGGGUGAGGUUUUAAAGUUUUUAGCAACUAUUUUAAUGUUUUUCGUUAUAGUCUCUGCUAACUUUCUCUGACCAUUUUUUGUCCUCUAAUGCAGUUCUUCACGAGGUCCUGUUAAAGUUUUUAGCAACUAUUUUACACUUUACACUCUCUCUUCUGCACUAAACUCCACUUUCUUUGUCCCUCAACUUUUAAGACCAAGAUUUUUUCAUUUUGGUUUUCAGUUUUUUCUUUUACACACUGUCCCUGGUGUAUUGAAACAACAUUUGGCUUCACUUGGUUGUUACAGAUCUUGGAGGCAAAGACAGAGAUUUGAGCAUUAGAGAUCGUAGAACAACCUAGACCUAAGAGAGCAGACAAGCAGCCAUAGGUUUCCUAAAAGGCACAAGUUCAACAACUCUAUUAGUAAAUUACGGGUAAAACCCGACACCCAUUGCUCGAUUGCACGGCUUCGAAUCGUGGGCGCACAUAACGGUGAGUUGCUGCAGUGAUUAGUGAUUGCGAAGAUGGAGAGAGAACGAGGAAAUGCUUAAUGGGUUAAGCCGGCGAUGUUUAUGCACCAUUGCGCCACGCCCAUGGCUUUUCGUGGGGUUGGGCAAUCCUGGUGACAAGUACAAAGGAACUCGCCACAAUGUCGGCUUUGAGAUGAUUGAUGCAUUUGCUGAGUCGCAGGGGAUUCCUAUGAACACUGGCCAUUCCAAAGCCAUUUUCGGAAAAGGUUUUGUUGGUGAAGUUCCUGUCUUCCUUGCAAAGCCUCAGACUUACAUGAAUCUGAGUGGUGAAUCGACAGGACCACUGGCUGCUUAUUAUAAGCUACCUCUAAAUCAGGUGCUUGUGUUCCAUGAUGACAUGACCUUGCCAUGUGGGGUGCUUCGUCUUUAUGACAAAGGGGGUCAUGGAAGCCACAAAGGACUAAGGAGUGUGAUCUAUCACUUCAGAGGAAAUAGAGAAUUUCCCAGACUGAGAAUAGGAAUUGGAAGUCCUCCUGGGCAAAUGGAUCCUAAAGCAUUUUUGCUUCAAAAGUUUAAUUUAACAGCUAGACAACGAAUUGACGAGGCUUUGCAAGAGGGAGUUGAUGCCUUGAAGCUCCUUUUAUCUAAAGGUUUUACAGAGAGUGCAAAAAGAUUCAACAAAGAACAAAAGUAUAAGCACUUGAGAGUGCAAAACUUACCAGUUUGAAAGGAUUUCCUUUUUCUCUUUAGGUUGCAAUACAUGUGUACAACUUAGUGAUUGAAAAUUGCCAGAAUUUUGUAACAUUCCACAUAAUAUAUGUGUAUAAAUCUUUCUAUGUUGAUUUGCUUUAA